AUGCGUUCGGCACUCCGAGUCGGGCCUCCAUCAUGCACUCCACAAGUCGUACAAGAGACAACUCCCGCAGAUCGCUGUGUAUGUGUGAACCUCGAUGGUCGGGACAUCUAUUUCGAGAAGGCGGACUUGCCUGAUCCCCCAGCCAUUCACUUCUCCGACGACAUCCCAGGACUUUUCCUUGAGUGGCAUGCAUCGCGUCGACUGAUCAUUGCUGGACAUGGCAUCCCCAUCAAGCACUGGGACAAGCUGUACAAGAAACGGAACAAGUUGGUCGAGACGGACGCAUGGAAAGCGAUCAAAGUUGAAUGGGGCAACUGGAAGUUCUUGGUGGAAGAACGCGAGCGGUUCCCGACAGAGGAUGCCUUCUGGCAUGCGUACAGUGAUGAGAAGGGUGAGCGGAUGUCGUACCAGCAUAUCCUCGACAAGUUGCAACAGGGCCGAGGCUGUACAGACGACGCAGAUUACGACGCCGCGAUGAAAUACUUCGAGGGAAAUCUGGAGCGCGCCGACACUCGUGGUCUCUUCAGGUACCGGAAGCGAGGGAUCUGGCGAGUAUGUAGCAAGAGGCUCACAAUCGCCAGAAUAUGGCGCAAGUUGCUGAGCGAGGACCCGGAAAUUCAGGCGAACUGGGCAGCGAUGCAGUCUGCCAAUACCUCCGGCUCAGGCGAGCCUUGA